AUGCCUUCUCGCGAUAAAUAUACGGAUCCAGAAUUGCGCGAUCAAAUUAAAGAGGAAGUUCAUGCCUCUGACAAAGGCGGCAGACCAGGCCAGUGGUCUGCUCGAAAGGCGCAAUUGAUGGCAUCGGAAUACAAGAAACGUGGCGGAUCGUACACCACGGACAAAGAAACUGGCCAGGAUGAGUCGCAAAAGCACCUUUCACAGUGGACCGACGAGAAGUGGCAGACCAAGGAAGGGGAUGCAAACGCGACCAGAGAUGAUGGGACGAAAAAGCGAUAUCUACCGAAGAAGGCGUGGGAAAAUUUGAGUGAGGGUGAAAAGGAAGAAACUGAAGCGAAAAAGGAGGAGGGCGAGAAAAGAGGGAAACAAUAUGUGGGAAAUACGGAGAAGGCGAAAGAGCAAAGAAGGACUGCUAGUAAAAAGGAAUGA